GCUGUACCCAUGCCCCGCGGCCUACAUAUCAUUAUACUACAACUAUUAAGUCACAUUCACUUAGGACAUAGUUCAUAUUUUAUUUAAAUAUAUUGAAAUGACACUGGAAACAACUUUUGUGGCUAAAUACAUGUAGGGUAUAGAUAUUAUAGCUAUAUUCCAGUUUUUGAAAUUGAUUUGUUUUAAAAUAUACAUUUGUAUUAUUAUUCUAUACAUACUAUAAUAAUGGUAAAAUUUUUUGAAAAUAAAAGUUUAUUCCCCUUCAGAUGGGAUCAAGUGGUUCAUGGUUUUUGGCAUCGUUAUCCAAACCCAGAAAGCAAGCAUGUAUUAUCUGAAGAUGUGUUACAUAGAGAGGUGAUAGAAAAAAAGUUACAUUCUAUUAGGUUAUUCACAAAAACUAACAAGUUGCCAAAAUGGGGUGAACGUUUUAUAAAUAGUAAAGAUGUAAAAAUUGUUGAAGAAUCAAUUUUAGAUCCUACUAAAAAGACAUUGGUGACAUACACAAGAAAUGUUGGAUAUGCGAGUGUUAUGGGCGUGACAGAAAAAGUUGUUUAUAAAGUAAAUGAAGAAAAUCCAAGUACUACAGUUGCAGAGCGAUCAGUAUGGAUUGAAUCAAAUGUAUAUGGAAUGUCUAAAGCUAUUCAAGCAUUUGGAAUGCAACGAUUUAAAGUUAACAGUACUAAAGCAGUAAAAGGAUUUAAUUAUGUACUCAAUAGUAUGUACGGUGGUAAUACUUCAAGUUCAUCUGGUGUAUUAUUACAUCAGAAAGAAAAAUUAAAGGAUGCUCUUAAACAAUCAAAUUACAAAACUGGAUCUCUUUAUGUUCAUUAAACCUAUUCCUACUUGGAGAGUUCACCAAGUUUAUUAUGAUCAAUAUAAUGUGAUAACAUAAUAUUAUGUAUUCUUAUCAGUUCAACAAUUUAAACCAGAUUAAAACAAUACUCAAGUUUACAAGAUGUGGUUACUAUCAAAUUUGUAGUAUUUUAUUAGAAUACAGUUUAAUUAUUUUAAAUAAGUGAUCUUUUUUUUCGUCUUGUUUAUUGUUAAACUGUCCAUUUAAUUUAUACAUACAAUACUAAAUUUGUUAUCCAAUAAUUUGUUAAAGUGAUUUAGUUUUUAUUAUAUCAUAAUUUUAUAAGAAAUUGCUGAUGUGAGUAUAGAUGAAUAAAAUGUCUUCUAUAUUUAAUUUUUUA